ACCACAGAUGGCGCACUCUCCGCCCCCAGGCUCCAUUGAGGAGCUGGCCCGCUGCACCAGCUGCCACCGCGCCUUCGACGAGGCCGAGCACGAGCCCAAGCUACUCCAGUGCCGACACUACUUCUGUCUCACUUGCACCCGCCACGUCCUCGGCGCCGGGAGGGAGAUAUACUGCGUGCAUUGCUGGAAGCGAACCAUACCACCUGGGGGACUGGUUGAGCAUUUGCCGACCCAUGCACCAGUUUUAGCUUUGGCCCUUCGUCUUCAGAAUCAAGAGUCGGAUGCGUUGACGGUUGAAGAGCAGGAUGUGUGCGCUCCGCAUGUGAUGCCAGCGCUCUGGUGUGCUACAUGCAAUGUGUUAGCCUGUCGUGCGUGCACCGAGCAUGCCCCGCAUAUGCUCCGUCCAGCCGCGGAAGUACGAGCGAUGCUACUCCGAGACGGAAGAGCGUUGCAUUCGGAGUUGAUCCACCUAGCGGAACGCCAGCGGAACUCGCUGCUCCGAGCUUUAGACGCCGCUACUGCCCUCAAACUGAGACUAGAAGGGGAGUUAGCCUCGCCGGUCGUCGAAUCAGAACCAUCAGCGAAUGCAGCAUUGCCGGUUAUUGCCGCUGAACGUGAUCGCUUGAAAGCGCUAUACGAUCGGACCCUGAUAAACUGUCGACUGGACGAUUUAGCGCGCUGCUCACUAGCGCCUGUCAAUUUCGAUUUGCUGCGGAACGCUUUGGCGGUUGAGGUACCGGGGCCUCCGGAAGCGGUUGAUCCGGUGCUUUUUUUAGCGAACUACUGUAUGGCGCAACUGUUCGCUCGCUCGCUGACCGCAGCCGCGCCUCCGUCCCCAUCAACAAGACCCCAUUUCUUCUUCGCGCUGGAAGUCGACAGAGCUCCUGCAGGCCGGGUGGUCAUCGCUUUGCGAGAGGACGCGGCGCCGCGUAUGUCACGCAACUUCGCAGCUUUAGCUACAGGGGAACUCGGGGUAGGCUAUCGCGGCUGCUGCGUUUUCCAAUGCUGGGAAGGCGAGAGCGUUAUAACUGGAGAUUUUGAGUUAAACAACGGUCGCGGCGGACGCAGCGUUUACGCUGAGGGGUACUUCAUGCCGGAUGAUUCUAGGCUGCCGGCCGUACGCGGUUCUGUAGGUAUGCGUCGAUCGCAGAAGCGGCACGAUAUGCUCGGGUUGGUCGGCUCCCAGUUCAGGAUCGUACUGCGUGAGAUGCGCGGUUUCUCGGCGAUCUUCGGGAACGUUGUCGAAGGUCUGGAGAUAGUCGACCGGCUCAGCAGCACGGGUGACCUGGCUGGUAAGCCUCACAGUUCCAUCGUCAUCUCCAACUGCGGCCGUCUCUAAUUUCUACCUCUACUUUCCGCGAGCCAACUUCUACGGUCGGC